CAAGGGUUAAUUUUAGGCCAGCUCAACACAUUGCCGAGACACUCGGCGAGUUUGUCUUGUUCCGACACGGAUGAGUCUUGUCAUACACAUCCAAUAUGUGUUUCGAACAAAGAAAACGUUGUCCAGAUGAGGCCGGUUACAGGUUGAGUGCAAGCUCGAGAUGAAGUAGGAGACUGCUAGUAUGGCAACUUCGGGACGGAUGUUGAACAUAGGACCUCGGCAACCAGCUGUGGUAACUGGUCGGUGUUGAGCGCACUCGUUCGCAGUAGUGUCGCACCAUGGAGACCCUUCGAUUCCUUCGGGGUUGUUUGUGGACCUGGGGCACACGCAGUUGGUGUGAUGCCGUUAGACGGGUUGGUAAGUCUUGUGAUUGCAGCGCCGAAGGCAGAAACUACAAGGGCCGCAUGAAGUGUGCACUCCUCGUUCAAUCGAAGGACCUAGCUCAUGUGAGCAGUUCGACCUUCCUUCACUUCAGAUUGAUGAAGUUGAGCCUGAGGUGCUUCUUGACUAUGCGAGCAUUCCAUUUUACUCAUGCACGCGACAUCACCUAAUCUAUGUAUCCAGGCUUGCGGUUUAUUCUAUGGGGCGGUGUUCCUUAGACUACGCAGAAUUUGCAUAAUCUGUAGCGAAGACGCGUCAAGAUAGAGGAUCCUGAAAAGGUAAAACGGAUAUUCAUGUUUAACAGACAUGCUUUGUUUCCUAGAGAGCUGCAUAAUCAUUGAAUUCCAAAUCAGAUAUUAUUUCUAAGGCAAAUUUAAGUGAUAAACCAGAAUAGAAAAUAUAAAUAAUUCUUUGAUUCAGGUAACUAAAAUUCAACCAUGACUCAUUGAUGACGUUCUUGUGAUGCGAACAGUACGUCACACCUGGUAACUUCCAAGUUCUGAUCAUGGUUCUCUAAUCUGAAUUGUCAUUUUUUAGAAAUAUUUCACUAUAGGGAUGGAUCACUGGUAGAAAUUAUUAUUUAGUCAGAAAGCAUCAAUAUCAUUUUUUUUUGACGUAAAAGCACUUGAUUAGUUUUUCAAACUCAUACUCGUUUUUAAAUCUCGAACUGUUCAGUUUUACUAGAAGUCAAAUUUUUAUGCUUAUUGAAAGAAUUGUUAUAUGGUUAAUUUAUCAUCAAAAGAAACAUGAACAUUGUAUCAUGUAAAAUCAUUUUAAAUAGUACCUAUAUGAUUAUUUAUGUAUAAAUAAAUUCACAUUAAUUUUAGAUCAUAUUGUAAUACUGCUUUAAACUUUCUAUAUUCAGAAAACUUGGGUAAAAGGUGUACCUUGCUUAUUAUAGGCUGUGGGAAAUAAUCAGACAUGAUUGCUUCAUUCGUGAAGAAUUUUCUCACGUUUCAAUUCUCAUACUUUGCUUUUUCAACCUUGAAGGGUAGUGAGCCAUGUGUCGAGAACAAAUUCUGGUCGUGCCACUUUAAGUGAGAUGUUUCUUCUCCUCUGAUAAGCUUUGAACCAUAAAUAGCUUGAAUGACACACAGUGGUCGGCAACAGGUAUACUAGUGCAAAUCAACUAUUACUUCUUUCGGUGUUUCUGAGAAAUCUAGAUUUGUGUUGCUGAUACACAGACGACAGAUUCAGAAGAACUAUAACACUACUUACCUUCUAUCCUUCAGCAGGAAGAGAGGAACGCGCAAGUUGUCUAACCCGGGACUUGGUCCUUUUCAUUUUGGGCUCAUUUACGUAUGACUGGUGCGAGACCCAAGGAACGCUGGGUAAAAAGGAAGUUCAAGAGCUAUUACGAGAAUAAAAGAAGACGUAGGCCGUGAAAAGUUUCAUCAAGAGUUAUGGAAUGGUUAAAUGUGUCUGUAGCCCCGCUAACGGCGAAGGUAGACAAGGGAUCGAGGAGAUUACUUUUAGAAGAAGACAGAUUUGAAAGGUUUAGAGGGUUGGCAGUGUUGGAGAGGCAAUUGAGUGAGAAGAGUUCGUUGUUUAGGGUGCGAAGUGCUAGAGCUCAGAGAAGUGCAUUUAAUCGUUCCAAUACCUACUUGGGCUUCCGCUUCGUCGUCGUCUGCGUACGCUGCAUUUCAAAAGUCGAUGAGACGUCACGCGAAAGCAGUCCGUGCUCAUCCUCGGUUGCUUCACUCUUCUUUCUCAACCUGUGCUACUGCAUUUGAGGUAAUUCGAAUCGGCCUUGUCGGUAGACACGCCGACUGCCCUUGCUGUAGUUAACAGACGUUUUUUCUGAGCGGCCUCUCAUCAUCUAGUUGACAAAAAGUUAUCCAUGAACGCAAAAAACAGUUAAUACUUGAUAGUUGAAGACAAGAAGCUGUGCGUUUUUUAGGCUCAAAAGAGUAAUGUCUGGGGUUUGUUGGUAUCGAGCAACUGUUUGAUGUCAUACAAUGCAAUUUAGGCAUUUCACCAAUUUCUUUCAGUUUUCAAAGGUUGGUUGGAGAAUUGUAUGAACUCUCUUUAAUGUUUGAAAAUUCUUUGUACUAUUAACUCUUUCUGCUCUUAAAAGAAGUUAGGUCCCUAAGGAAGUUCUCUAAGUGGGUGCUCUUUGAUGAGAUUAAAUUUCAAAGCGACAAUCUUGUAAGUACAACCUUGUAAAUUAGAAGUAAAUACCUAGAAAAGAGUUUUCAGAAGAGUACAAGAAUGAUACGCGAGCGAUCAGGUUUUCUUAACGGUUUAAUCAUCCAUGAUUAGGCUUAACCAACUGUACAUGAUAUCUGAAUCUUUAUCAAGCAGUUUGUAUAGGUAUCUCAGACACAUUUGCUCACAAUAGAUGGAGCAUGGUGCGGACGCGAACGUGGUAGCAUUGAACGUUGCCAAUAAUCCAGAGAUUCGUCCAAUCGAGGAUGCAUUGGAUGAGCCUUUAGUACAGUUACAUCUAUUUCCACUGAUUCCUGGAUAUGUUGAUGAUGUCAUUUAUCCAGAAAAUCGUCCUAUCCGAAAUCAAGAUCAAGUGGAUCCUAUCAAUCUCGAGGAUUUUCAGAGGAAUUUAUUUGAGUUAUUUAAUGUUCGAGAAGGUCGAGUUGAUGGCACUGCACAAACUGUCGAAGUCGCGGAGGUCAUAGAGGAAUCUGAUGACGACAAUGAGUAUGAUCUCCCGGCUCAGAGGGUCUCUUCGAAUAGGUUGAACGCUCUUCACCAACCGGGGUCCAGCAGCAUCUCCCCUCAGAUCUAAUAGCAUCUGAUCUAACAUUGUUCAUCAGUUCUCUGAACGAUACUGACCUGAACGAAAUUACACAUCGUCGAAAAGUAACAUGGCUGCAGACUGCAGGAGAUCAAACGAUUUCGAAAUUUCUGGAAUCUUUUCAAGUAAUUCUCAAAGGCUUACUCUUAGUUACCUCGUUUAAUAAUCUGAUAGUAUAAAUGUUUAUGGCCACCUGGUUGUUUAUGUAGACUUUCAUGGUAUUAUCAAUUACAACCCAUGGCCCGAGUUAGAACUUUUUUCUCCCUGAUUAAAACUAGCAUUUAUUGUUCUAGCAGUUUUGACCUUUGGGUUGUUUCACUUCGGCUUUCGAACCGUGUCGUGCAUCCUCUAGUAACGCGUGAUUUACUAGUGAAAAGUAUAACUUCUCCUAAAGAUAUACGUGUGGAUUUUUGAAUUAAAGUUGUUCACACCUGUUAUCUACGUGUAUAGUGCUUUGUUGUAUAGCUCCGAAACAAAAGGUUAUGGGCUCUAGGCUUCAAACCUGCACAUGACUGAUUAGAUUGCUGAUUACAUGGUUGCAUAUCAAAAGUAUUAUUCAUCGCAGUAUUCUGUA